GAUUUGCCGGCCUUUGAUCUCUCCAAUUUUUCCACACACCCACUCACAAAACUUGCCAUUCUCCACCCAAUUUGAUGGCCAUCCAUUGAGAUACCUAAAAAAUGGCAGAAGUACCCAAAGCAACCUGUACGAUAAGCCUGAAGCUAUUCAUAGACAAGAAGAUAAACCGAGUGCUAUUUGCUGAAGCAAGCAAGGACUUUGUUGAAUUCCUCUUUCAAUCUUUCACUCUGCCGGUCGUGACUGUCACUAACUUCCUAAAAAGUCACGAAAUGCUAGGGUGCUUGCAAAACCUAUACGAAAGCAUUGAAAACCUGAGCCAAAGUUGCAUUCAGCCAGGCCAAAGCAAAGACUUGGUGUUGAAGCCAAAAGGAGUAAUGUCUGGUACUACAGACUCAUUCCUCUUGCCAAGGGUCGAGUCCUAUACGUUCAGGAAAUUUUAUAAGUGUAACACGUACUGCCGUGAAUGUGAUCAUCAGUUGUCUUCUACAGAGGGCGGAUAUUGUUCUGUAUGCUCGUCAGCAUCAAUGAGUCGCGAGAUAUUGCUCAAUGUUGAAGAGUUGAUAAGCGCGAACAAAGCGGUUAGUAAUUUCAAUUUGUUGAAAGAGUGGGUCAGAUUCAUAGUGAUGGAUGAUCUGCGGAUGAUGCCCGUGCACGCUGACACUUUCAUAACUCUACUUCAUGAGUAUGAUAUCAAGGAUUUAAGGGCGCUUGAAAAGAUAGUGGUCGAUUUGGACAUGGAUGGGUCUGUGAAAUUGCUCAAGGCUGCUCUUCAAUCCAAGACUGCUCUGACUGAUGUCUUCUUGCCGGCUGCUCUUCAAUCCAAGACUGCUCUGACGACUGAAGUCUUCUUGCCCGAGCAAUAUUGCUGAACUAUCUUUGCGAGUUAUUUUGGGUGAGCCUAAUUAUUUGAGUGUGUGCUACAAAAUGCAAGGUCAUGUACUGUAUUAAUUGUUUUCUUUUAUCUAUAUUUUUUAGAUGUACGUUAAUUUUAAACACGCCUCAUGUCUUGCAUCGAUCGUAUUGUGAGUGGAUUAUUAAUAUUAAUGUACUUUACAUGCUAAAUUAAUUUUGAUUCAUUUUUCUUCUUAUCA